AUGAGCGCACUGCCACCUGUGCGAAGAGACAGAGUGAUCUGUGAACUUCCCCUGUACUUCACAAAAAAUGCUGCCCUGCACACCAAAGAUGGAUUCCACCCUACAGUGACAGCAGCUUGUCAGGAGCAGAGGGCUGGUCCAGUUGAGUUUAAUGUUGCAAAGGUGAUAGUUGUUGGUGAUGUGGCAGUUGGGAAAACCUGUUUAAUUAAUAGGUUCUGCAGAGAUGCCUUUGAUAAAAACUAUAAGGCCACCAUCGGUGUGGACUUUGAGAUGGAGAGAUUUGAAGUCUUAGGAGUGCCAUUCAGUUUGCAGCUGUGGGACACCGCAGGUCAGGAGAGGUUUAAAUGCGUUGCCUCCACUUACUACAGAGGAGCUCAAGCCAUCAUAAUUGUGUUUGACUUGAGUGACUAUGACUCUCUAGAUCAUGCAAGACAGUGGCUUGAGGACGCCAUGACAGACAAUGAUCCCUCAAGUGUGUUGCUCUUCCUUGUGGGGACCAAGAAAGACCUGAGUUAUCCAGCCCAGCUGGCCCAGAUGGAGGAGGAGGCCAUAAAGUUAUCUGAGGAAAUCAAAGCGGAGUACUGGGCUGUCUCUGCUCUGUCAGGGGAGGGCAUCAGAGAGUUUUUCCUCCGGGUUGCUUCGUUGACCUUUGAGGCAACUGUGUUAGCAGAGCUGGAAAAGAGUAACUCUCGGCGUGUUGGUGACAUCGUCAGGAUCUCUAGUACCCCCAACAACAAACUGGCAGCAUCUAAGAAGAGAAAUUCUAACUGCUGCUAA